ACGACACAUACAUUUCUAUUCGGAACCCUAUCAAUCACACUCUGUCUCACUCUAGUCACUACGAGUCAGCACGUCUAUUCUGUACGCUGACCCAACCAUUUAUUCGGUAACGCAACAGUGGCAGCACAAUGGCCUCCCUCGUGCUUCCCGUGAUUGAUUACCCGACAUUGCAUGCUCGCAAGAGCGACGGAACGCGGACCGCAGAAUCUCUGCAGGAGCGCCGCGAGCUGUGGGCGGCAUUGUCCGGGUCCGGGUUUGCAUAUCUGCGCAGCCCAGGCGUCAGCCAAGAGACUGUUGAAGCCCUAUUUGAGAAUUCCAAGAAGUUCUUCUCCAAAAGCUUCGAAGAAAAGCUUAAGAUCAAGGGUCAGCUCGACAAGGGUCGUGGCCCAUCGCAAGGGUAUUCCAACCCAGCUAAGCUUGCGGUGAACCCCAAGACUUCUGAUCUCAAGGAGUUUUUCGGCAUGUACCGUGACGAUGACACGGAGAGCCCAAACCAAUGGCUGCCGGAUGCUGACUCGCAGAAGAUGCGCGCUGAUCUGGUGGUCUUCUUCGAAUCCUGUCACAGCGUGAUAUUGGAAUUGCUUUCGGCAUUGACCGAGGAAGUGGGCCUCCCCGCCGACACCUUGCAUCCGUACGUUUCGGAAAAGAACCAUUUCAUCGCGAACCUGAAAUAUCCUGAGGCGCAGAAGAAUGACUUCGAGAACCGCGUGAGAGCCGCUGCACACACGGACUACGGCUGUUUGACGCUGCUGUUCAAUGAUGCAGGCGAAGGACUGCAGGUCAAGCGGCUAAACCAUGAUUGGGAAUAUGUCAAGCGGAAGGAUGGCUGUGCAAUCCUUAAUGUGGGAGACUUGACAUCGCGUUUCUUCAAUGGCCUGCUUCCUUCUACAGUCCAUCGCGUCAUCGAGCCUCCGUCUCUUGCACAGGGACUGGAAAGCUCGGUCGGAGACCGAUACUCGAUUCCUUUCUUUGGGCAUUACAACCUGACCACGAUGGUUAAGCCGCUCCCAUCCCUUGUGACAGCCGACCGACCAGCGCAAUUCGAGCCGGUAGAAGCAGGCGAGCAUGUCAAAGCUCGAGUCCGACAAUUGCAUCUGGCGGGCCACAGUCUGAAGGAGAAUGAAGGGGAGUCAUUGAAACCAGCCAAUGCGGCAGUCGCAGCCAGCGCUUGAUAUGCAGGACAUGAGCGAAGUGGAUUAUGAUCAGCUUCAAGUACAUGGCACUUAGCGUUGAAAUAAAAACAUUCUUAUGAUCCAUUUG